GAAAUGGUGAGUUUCUGUGAGGAUUUAUGUGUUUAUUAUUGAAUGUUAAAUAGUUAUGAGGUUAUUGUUUUAUUAAGUGAUUUUAAAUUAAAGGAUAACUAAGGCCAGAAUGGAGCUCCCAGUGCUGGACAAGUUCUGCUUUAUCUUCGACCUGAGAACAGGAUGUAUCGUCAUGGGGAUCAUAAAUUCGAUCCUGACUUUCGUACUAGCGGUGAUACUGAUAACAUUCGCGGUGGAUAUAAAGAGUGCCGCUGAGUCCAAGAAGGACGACAUGGAUGGCAUGUCCUCCGUGGUCUACACCAUCGUUGUCCUUCUUGUCGUACUGCUUUUCCUUAAGUUCCUGCUGGAUUUGAUCUUCGUAUGGGCUGUGUAUAAGGAGAGAUGUGGUAUUAUGAAGAAGUACUGCAUCUUUUGGAUCGUGUUCCUGGUGCUUUUCAUCAUCGGUUUCCUGAAGUCGCUGUUCCACAUGGGCGCUGGGCAUGUCAUCGCCCAGAUAUUAUUCCUUGCCGAGAAUUUCUACUAUAUCGUGGUGAUUCGAAGUUAUUUGAUAUCAAUCAACGAAGACGGUGUUUUGUAAAAUUUUAACGUUAUUUUGUUUCCUUGUAUCAUUAUGAUGAAGGAAACACGAAUCCCACACCCGCUGG